AUGUCUCAAGUGUUCGAAAACGAUGAACCUUUUAUUUACAGAUUAAAUGAUAACGGUUUUGGGCCAAGCCUUCUCAUUAAGGUUUGUACGGAACGUGGGUGGCGGAUGUACCAAGGCUACAGUGGUAGUGAGGAGAAAUGGAAUCUUUGGUGGCGUAAUAGUGCUUUUCCAGCCACUACCUACAAAGCGUUGGGAGAUUGGCAGUUCAUGAAUCAUAUACCUAAAGGUGGUUCAUUAUGCAGGAAGGACAGUUUGUCGCGAUUAUUGCGAUGUAUGAGAAGAAUCUAUGGAACGAUUUACGACUUUAGCCCACCCUGCUUUCAUCUGCCCUUAGAAUAUGCGAAGCUGGUAUCUGAGUGCUCUCGCCUAAGACGAGAUGACGCCACAGGUGCCAAUGUUGUGUGGAUACAUAAGCCCGUAGCCCAAAGCCAAGGCAGAGGAAUAUUCCUAUUUAGGAGCGUAUGCGAUAUGCGAUUUGGUAGUCCGGCUGUCGUCCAAAGGUAUAUUGAGAGACCUCUCCUUAUUGCUGGGUAUAAGUUUGAUUUGAGAUUAUACGUUUGUGUUCCUGGAUAUCGACCACUUACCGCUUAUAUGUACGCAGAGGGACUCGCAAGAUUCGGUACAGAUAAAUACACAUUAUCUGAUAUCCAUAAUCCAUACAGGCACUUGACUAAUUCAUCUUUAAACAAAACCGGACCUCGGUAUGCAGAAUGUAAGGAUAGAAUUGGUAGCGGUUGUAAGUGGACACUUAAGCAAGUAAGGCGAGCUUUGGUCGGAAGAUGGGGUGCUGUCGAGUGGUUAGUUUGGCAAAGAAUAAGGGCUCUAGUGACGCUAACGUUGCUCGCUCAAGCCGCUGGGACGCCUCCAGCGAGAAACUGCUUCGAAUUCUACGGUUUUGAUGUUCUACUUGAUGAUACUUUAAAGCCUUGGCUUAUUGAGGUGAAUCUAUCGCCGGCUCUGGGCGCUGACUGCGAAGCGGAUGUGAUCGUAAAGCAACCGAUGUUACAUGAAUUAUUUGAUUUAUUAGGUCUCCCAAUGCGCCAUACAGGGUUAUCUUUGUUGCAAGGACCUACGCCACAACCUACCAACUGUAGUUCAGAAGACGAGAGUGGAGUUACAAAGGUUAUAGCCUCGAGAGUGUUGACAGGUCACCGACGCGGCACUCGUCGCCAACGAAGGAGGCGAGCGAUGCCUAUACAUUGUGUCAACUUGCAACCACCUGUGGCUGAUAAGUUCCCGGUUAUUGAAUCACCUGAAAAAUCUAAGGAUUUUCAAAUAGGAAACCUAUUAAAAAAUUCACCUGAAUUGAGCUCUGAAAACACAGAAAUACAGUCAUCAACAAAUGUAGCUACGGCAACGGAGACCGUUGACGAAUCGUGGCGUGGUGGGUACUCAACUGCCGCAUCCCGCCGCAAGAUGAUGAGUGCAUGCACCUGGGGGAAUGGAGUGCGAUGGGACCGUGCUCUAGGUCGUGUUGGACAGUGGGUGCGAAUAUAUCCCCAUACUUUACCAUCAUCAUUAGAUGAUCAGUUACCGAUGGAAGACGCUCGUGAAAGUGUUGCUCAAGUGUCAAAGUUUCUUCGAGCGGUGCGGGAAGUCGCAAGAGAGGGCGGGCGGGACAAGUGCGCCCCGCGAGACGGCAGUCGAGAUGCAUUUCUAGACGCCGCAUUACGAAAGAAACUAGCCUACAAAUCUAACUUCGAAGUGUGGCUACCACCUUUU